AAUACAAUAUUUAUCUCAUAUUAAUACUCAUUUCAAGCAAUAAUUUCGUUUGAUCAAAGUUUUGCAAUUAACGUAGCCUGUCACCAGACAUGCCUCACUUUGCCCCACAAGGCCUGGUUUAGUGGUCUUCAGUGUGGUAGAGAGCGAGACAUAGAAAUCUCUGUGCGGUGAGUCAAAAUUGCAGAUACACAAAUAUACACUUCCAUUUGUGCAUUCUUUGUAGGGAUUAACAGCUUAUUAUAUUAAUUGAAGAAUUAAUUAACAUUAAUAAAUCUACAGGUAAGUAGUACUCUCACAGACACAUUGAUUCGUGAAUUUCAUUAAUACAGACAAUUAUGUAUAUUUUCAGGUCAAUAUGACUGAUUCAGAAUCGGAUUCUGAUUCAUCAUCUUCCAAAAAACCGGCAUUAGCUACUCCUUCCACAUCUUCCAAAAAAAGAGACGCCACCCCCACUAGCAGUACCAAAAAGAAAGAGCCCAAAAAGAAAAAGAGUGAUGUAAAUGAGGAAGUGAUACUGAAAUUUCUCAAUGAUGAUUCUGACGAUGAUGAAGAUGAGGAGAAAUUGAUAUCGAAAAGGAAGUGGAUGAUGGUAGAAAGCAAAGUUAAUGGGACGCGAUAUUCCCCAGCACCACCAACAAACCCGAGUCAUCGAUAUGUAGAUAGGUCAAUCGACCCUCGUGAUGACCGGCCAUGUCCAGUCUGGUGGAAACUUGCGACAAGUUUGAAUACCAGAAGAAAAAUGUCGGAAGAUUCAGAAGAUGGUGGGGAUAGUAAACUUCGAGAGUUCUACUGCAGUUUGGCUAGAGAGGACGACGAUGAAGUUAUGUCAUCGCAACAAUCAACCAUUUCUGAGCUCACCCCUAGUACACCACCAGCUAUGAUUGGGAUAAAGCAGACGCUUAUUCUAACUGCUGAUAAGAGAAAGGCUGCGGAAAAGAAAAUUAGAGAUGCCGGCCCUGAAGGGAAGUUAGUUCCUGGAACAAAGUCAAAAGUGAUGUUCGACCCGCCAAAUGACGCUAGAGAUUACGGACUGUUCAAAAUCAGACCAAUUAAUGCCACUGGAGGUGGCAAGUUUAUCUGUGCCAAUGAUCCAAAUUGCUUGAGAACUCGCUCAACUGUUAUGGAGGAAAUCCCUAAGUGCGAUAUACACAAAGGAGGGCAAAUUGGUUUUGUUUUAAGCGAGUUUACUGAUGAUGCCAACUAUAAACAAGACGUCGUAUAUCAUGUCAUCGCAUCCUUCAAAUUCCAUGCUGGCGAUGAAGAAGGAAAAACUAAAAAUGCAUUAGAUGCGAUGAAGAUUCAAAUUAGUAAUCAAGUACAGCAAUCUGUCUGGAAUUUGUAUGUCAAGCAACGAUUGGAUGAAAAUAAACCAGCCCCAAAAUUAGUGGAAAUCGAGGGACGACGACGCUAUUUCGAUGAUGAAGACGAGAUGAUGAAAGUACACGCUGCUCGUCAGACAACAACUCUCUUUAAAAUGCUGCUAUGGCCAGACACAACAAUCAAAAUCAUCUGUUUGAAUACAACAAUUAAUUUUCCAAAUGGGGCUUAUCGAGAAUUAAGGGAUGAGAUGGAUGAAAAUGGGUUAGUGCUCAAGAUCCAUGAUAAGGUGAAGGAAGCAACAGGAAUGGAAAAGAAUAUGGAGCCAGGAUUGGAGAUUCCAUUUCUCAUUAAAGCAAACCCAGGAGAAAGUCUUGGAUCAUUAUUGGCGAGAGGAAAGAAGAUGGAAGAAAUCAAAUUGGCAGCUUUGUAUUUUGUGUCUAACCCGUACAUAAUAUAUGCUGGUCAGGCGAUAAGUGCAUACGUCCAUAGCAAUCUUAAUAACGGACAGGAACCUGUAACAUACUACAAAAAGAACAAAGGUGACCACCCUGACUACAAAAUUGUCCCUGUUGGACUAGUUCAUGAAGAUCAUCGAUACAAAUGGGAGUUCAUACUUCACAUGUGUGCGUUAAUCCCGUCCCUUUUGAAACUGAAGAACUGUCUCAAUCCAGAGGAUUAUGUGGAUAAGGAAACUAAGAAAGUUGCUCAGUCCCACCCUUAUUGUAUCAACAGGUCAACAAAUUCAAGUUUUGUAGAUAAGAAGUCGUGGGGGAUUAUUCAUGGUUAUCUGCUGAAGAAGUUUUCUGUAGAUGUAUAUUUAGGGUCUAAAGGGAUCUGAUUAAUAAAUCAUAAAUGAUCAAACGGAUA